AUGAAAGCGGCGCUUCUUUUCUUUGUUGUUUCCGCCAUAUUUGCUUUCGAUUCACGCUUCGAGUAUGGCUGCGGACAGACCUCAUGCACGUUCAAAUUCAUUGUGCCAGAGGUCAGUGUGAGCUCAGUUGUACAAUACCAGUCAAAUAUUCUUCUCAAGCCAAGCUCUGCUCUUUUCCUCAACAAAAUCGUAAUGCAUAACCCUGAGGCCUUGCAUAACCUUCUUGAUUUGAGUGAUUUUCGUGAUUUUGACAGUGAUUUUCGAUCCCAAUGUCCCGUUAGAGGUAUGUUUGCCACUACGUGCCGUCUUCUGCGACCAUGUCGGCAUUACAUAUUUGGAAAAGGUUAUCGUAGGGAGGGAACAAGCAGUGAACAGAGCCUGGUAACUGGGUGA